AUGAUCGGGCUGGACACUGAUGGUGAUAUGCUGCUCCACGAGAUGGUUAAAACGGCAGGAUAUACAGAAAACAGUGAGAGAAGCAAUGCACUACCUCAUUUGCAACUCACCAGAGAGGAGCGCGAGCUGCUGAAUCUUGGCCUUAUGCCAAGGCUUGUGAGACGUCCCGAAACACAGGACACCGACAGGAAUCGAACGGAGGGGUCCAUCUCAACAAACACCAAGGGAAAGCAGGCAGAGAAGUCCACCUCGACAAACAUCCAGAGAAAGCAGGCAGACAAGUCUACAAAAACCAAGAGAAAGCAAGGGGACAAGCAUUCUUGA